AUGGAUACUUUACAUCUCCGUCGCAAGGAUACCACCAGAGGUCCCCCACUACGGGUUCUAUCACUAGAUGGUGGUGGCGUCCGCGGAUACUCAAUGCUCAUCCUCCUCCAAGAACUCAUGCACCGCACCUACGUCGAAUGCGAGGGCAAAGCCCCCUCGCGUAACCAAAUCCCGAAGCCAUGCGACCAUUUCGACCUCAUUGCCGGCACUGGCACGGGAGGACUCAUUGCGCUCAUGCUUGGUCGGUUACGACUGGAUCUAGAGACGUGCAAGGAUGUAUACGUGCGCAUGACCAGGCGGGUCUUCGAGACCGAUAAGACCAUUGCCGGCAUUCCCUAUCGGUCAACUCUCUUCAAGGCCUCAAAGCUGGAAGAGGCCAUCCGCCAGUGCGUAUGGGAACAUACUGUUGCUGCAGACGAGGGAAAUGAUGGCUCGCCCAUGCCUGCAAAGCCCAUCUCUCUGCAUGGCCCGGUACCGCGCCCGCAGUCCUCUCACACGCUGCAGAGACGGACAAGUCGGUCGAGUAAUCCGAUUGGUGCAUCGCCAGUUCGGUCGCCCGUGAGUUCGCGCGGGUCUCUGGGAACCUAUGGGCCGAGCUGGGGGAAUGCUGAUGCAAUGCUCUAUGAUAAGAGGGAAAAUAGGACGAAGACCGCGGUCGUGGCAGUCUACAAGGGGACCCCGAUGAACGGAACUCCAACUUUGCUACGAUCAUACGAUUCGCGAAAGGAGCCUCCACCGGAAUUCAACUGUACAAUCUGGCAAGCUGGGCGGGCUACAUGCGCAACAGGGCUGGCCUUCAAACCUAUCCUAGUAGGACAACAUGUUUUCAUUGACGAGGGUGCUGGUAAAUAUAAUCCCGCACCGAUGAUUCUCGAUGAAGCUGCUGUGAAUGAAUGGCCAGGAAGAGAAGUAGGUCUUUUCGUCAGCGUUGGAACAGGCAAAAGGCCUCCCGGAACGAGUCAUAUCCAACACGAGUGGUGGGAGGAUGUUUUUGCUGAGUCCCUGGGCAAUUUCGCUGAGGCCCGAAGACGUCUGAUUGCGAAAAUCGAAGGCUGCGAAAAGACUCACCAAUACAUGGUGAAAGAACAUCUCAGAAAACGCAACGUCCCGCUAGAAAAUUACGUCCGUCUCAACGUUGAAGUUGGCGUGGGCGAGUUUGGUAUGAAUGAAUGGAAUCGCUUGGCGGAAAUUAGUACAAGCACUCGGAAUUAUCUCUCCCGGAGCGAUGUGCAGAAGAUGAACCAGGAUGUAGCUGCCAAGUUGGCCAAGAUCCAUUUUAUUCAUCGACGGGGACGUAUUCCAACGGCAGUACCACCGACGGGUUCCACCUAUCCCGAUAUCCCUCUCCUCACCGCAAACGAUCCCGCCCCGCUCUUCACAGCCAUCCGCUAUUGA